UUGAGUUUUUUAAGCUGUACGGUUCAUAGAAAGAGCAGUUAUGGCCAUUCAAAGUACCAUAAGCCUGGUUGUUAUGAUGGUUGUGGCUGUUCUGCUUCCAUUUGUAGCUGUGGCCAAAACAAGGAAUUACAAUUUUAAUAUACAACUUCAGAAGGUGUCCCGUUUAUGCCAUACAAAGUCUAUUGUCACAGUGAAUGGGAAGUUUCCAGGACCAACAGUGUAUGCAAGGGAGGGUGAUACAGUGCUUGUAAAUGUGACAAAUCAUGUGAAAUAUAACAUCACUAUUCACUGGCAUGGAAUAAGGCAGUUCAGAACUGGAUGGGCAGAUGGGCCUGCAUACAUUACACAAUGCCCAAUACAAACUGGUCAGAGCUUUUUAUACAACUAUACAAUCAGUGGGCAAAGGGGUACAUUGCUCUGGCACGCUCAUAUACUUUGGCUGAGAGUAACUGUUCAUGGUGCCAUUGUUAUUUUGCCAAAGAAAAGAGCUCUUUACCCAUUUCCCAAGCCUCACAAAGAAUUCACAUUGAUUCUAGGGGAAUGGUGGAAUGUAGAUGUGGAGAGUAUUGUCAGCAAAGCUCAGAGUUCAGGAGAAUCAGUAAACACUUCUGAUGCACACACUAUUAAUGGAAAACCAGGGCCCCUCUUCAGCUGCCCUACCAAAGAUACCUUUACACUGUCAGUUAAACCAGGAAAAACCUACCUUCUCAGGAUAAUUAAUGCUGCUCUCAAUGGUGAACUCUUCUUCGACAUAGCAAAUCAUCAGAUGACAGUGGUAGAGGUGGAUGCAUUGUACACCAAGCCUUUACAGACCAAAUCAGUUGUCAUUGCUCCUGGACAAACUACAAAUGUAUUGCUUUUCACAAACAAAAAGACUGGCAGGUAUUUCAUGGCAGCCAGAGCAUUUCAAGAUGCCCCUCUUCCCCUAAACAAUCAAACUGCAACAGCAAUCUUGCAGUAUGUGGGCACCACCAUCACAAAUUCAUCUUUUAUCACCAUGCCCAAAAUUCCUUCCAUAAAUGAUACCCUGUUUGCAAGCAAUUUCAGAAACUCCCUAAGAAGCCUGAAUUCUAUAAAGUUCCCUGCAAAAGUCCCAAAGUCUGUAGACCGCCAUCUUUUCUUCACAGUGGGGCUUGCCAUUAAUCCAUGUCCAACCUGCAUAAAUGGUACCCGUUUAAAUGCUGCCAUUAACAAUAUUACUUUUGUGAAGCCCACCAUUUCUCUCUUGCAAGCACAUUACUUCAACAUCAGUGGGGUUUUCACCCCUGAUUUCCCUGAUAAUCCCCCCACAACUUUCAAUUACACUGGAAAUCCUCUGAGCAACCUGCAAUCAACUAGUGGGACCAGGCUCACUCGAAUUUCAUACAAUUCAAGAGUACAGUUGGUGCUUCAGGACACCAGCUUGUUGAGUACAGAGAAUCAUCCAUUUCAUCUGCAUGGCUUCAAUUUCUUUGUGGUAGGAAGUGGGAUUGGGAACUAUAAUCCUAACAAGGACCCUGCCAACUUCAAUCUGGUUGAUCCUCCUGAACGCAACACUGUGGAUGUGCCAAAGGGCGGUUGGGUGGCAUUUCGAUUCAAAGCCGACAAUCCAGGGGUUUGGUUCAUGCACUGUCAUUUGGAAUUGCACGCUACAUGGGGAUUAGAGAUGGCAUUUCUGGUUGAGAAUGGGAAGGGACUCGAUCAAUUCGUACUUCCUCCUCCUAAAGAUCUUCCCAAGUGCUAAAAUAGUUGGGUUCAUGCACUGUCCUUUGGAAUUAAACAUUACAUGGAGAUUAGAGAUGGCAUAUUUUGUACACAAAUGGAAGGGACCCAACCAAUUCUCUCAUUUAGAGAUCUUUCCAAGUGUUAAACUAUUAAAUUUUGAUUAUAUUUAUGAAUUAAGAAUAAAAAUUGUGCCAUUGUCAAAAACAUAGGCACUUACAUUUGCAUGUAACUCAUAUUUAUUGAUUAAAAGAUAAAAAAAUUAUGGCAUGCUCAAAAGCAUAGGCACUUAUAUUUGCAUGUAAAAUUUUUCUUAUUAUUUGAAAGUUAUAAUAAAAUGAGACAUAGAAAGAUUAUAAUUGA